GUCCAACUGCUGCUUCUCCUUGUCGUUCUCCACGAGGCCGGAGAAUCGCCGGCGCUUGGUCUCUCAAGAUCUUCGAUCGUCUUCUGAUACGAGGGAGAUGGGCGUUGUUCUUUCGUGUUUCUCCAAUGCUGAUUUAGCGCAUCGGCAGCAACAGCAGCGGCGGCAAGCCGCGGGGAACCACCCGCCCGCCUUGUCGGCUGAGGUGGCCGCUGCGAUUGGUAUUGGAUCCGAAGAUAAGAGUGGCAACGGUCGAUCCGAGAGGAAGGGGCUCGACGAAGCGGUGCUGACCCACGAGCAGGCCCUAGCGGCCGUUCUCCUCUUGCGGCAGAAUGGGGGCGCCCCGGGGGAAUCGACCUUUGAUAAGUCGUCCUCUUUGAGGGUUCCUGGACACGGGCAGAAGAGGCAAGUGCUCCCUAGGAGUUCGAGCUCGAGGCCGCGGUCUCUAGUCGAUCCGGUCAUGCAGCCCCAGCUGCUCGUCAAUCAGGAUCUAAAGGUUGAUAAUUUAGAAACAAAGCAUUUUGUUCUCGUUCAUGGUGGUGGCUUUGGUGCUUGGUGCUGGUACAAAAGUAUUGCACUUCUAGAGGAUAGUGGAUUCAAAGUCAGUGCUAUUGACCUCACAGGUUCUGGAAUUAGUUCGUUCGAUACUAAUAAAGUUACCAGUCUUGCUGAAUAUGCAAAACCUCUUACUAGCUUCCUAGAAACCCUUGGAGAUAUGAACAAGGUGAUUUUGGUUGGACAUGAUUUUGGUGGUGCUUGUGUGUCAUAUGCCAUGGAAGUUUUACCAUCUAAAGUUGCCAAAUCCAUUUUCAUCUGUGCAGCUAUGCCAAUCAAUGGCCAGAACAUUCUUGAUAUGUUUUCAGAAGAGGCAGGUAUGAAUGAUCUAAUGCGACAAGCACAAGUAUUUGUUUAUUCAAACGGACAAGAUCUUCCUCCUACUGCCAUUGAUCUGGAUAAAUCUUUACUUAAAGAGUUGCUAUUCAAUCAGUCUCCUUCUAAGGAUGUUGCCUUGGCUUUGGUUUCUAUGAGGUCUAUUCCCUUUGCUCCAGUGUUGGAGAAGCUUUCACUCACCGAGAAGAAUUAUGGUUCAGUAAGAAGAUUUUUCAUAGAAACCACGGAUGACAAUGCAAUGCCACUUCCUGUACAGCAAAGACUGAGCAAUGUCAAUCCACCAGAGAAAGUUUUCCGGCUCAAAGGCUCGGAUCACUCUCCGUUCUUCUCUAAGCCACAGGCACUUCACAAAAUCUUGGUUGAGAUUGCAACGAUGCCAUCAAACCAGUCAUAGGGAACUGUCUAAUUGCCACUGGAAAGCUGAUUGAUUACCUUUAUCAGACGACAAAACCAUGGUUCAGCAUGCUCAAAAGCGCAAGCAGAAGCAGAAGUACAGAAGUGUUUGGUUUCUUGAGCUCGUUCUGCAUGCUUCUUGUAGUGGCUUAAUCUCUUGUGAUGUCGAUCGAAAUGGCAACUGAGCUUUUUUCAUUGGGUUCUAUUUGUUACUUGUCCCUGCUGACACCUACCUCUAGUAUACAAUCAAUUAAUAUACCUUCAUUUCAUAUAACUUUGGGUGUGGCAACUUCUCCAGACGGGAUCCUCUGGUCCCGUCUGCCCUGGUCCACUCCUGGACCAGGAAGAGCAGGUGGGGGACCAUUGAAUCCCUCCAAUCACUGCAAUGGACCUCGGUCUGAUCCGCUCAGAGGAUCCCUACUCCAACUUCUUUAGAGGUUGUUUUCAAUGGCAGUAGAUGAGAUGGAAGUAGCAGUCCAAUAAGUUUUUUUUUCCUGUCUUUGAUCAUUUUGCAUCAACUUGUUACAAACACAGCUGUGAUUUGAAUUUAUAUAACCUAUUUUGACUGGAAA